AUGCAGGAUCUGAAGUACACUGUUGAUACCGCUUCAGUCGCUCAAAGUGAGAACAUAAACCUGAGACCAAGAGACGUGUCUGUGUUUCCUGAACAAGCUAUGACACUCUACUGCAGUCCCAACAAUGCAGUUGGUAAUUUAGACUGGAGAUUUCAAGGAAAUAUAAUACAGCCGAAACCUCAUUAUGUGUUCUCAGCAGAUAAUCGCUCUCUCACAAUUAUCAGUGUUGACAUCAGAGACAAUGCUGCCACAUGCAAAGAUGUUGUGUUUGGUUUUGGAAUAUUUGGUGACCCACCUAAAAAAGGAGACUGUGACCAAAAUCAAGUUGGCUUCAAAAUAGGAGUGUGUGGAGCUGAUGGAAUUUGGCAGAUUGUUACAGACAACUGUGUUCUUCGUAUCAUUAAUGUUCUGAGCCAGGAAUCAACGAACUUCCUCACUAUAGUGGACAUAAUCUCAUCAGUGAACGCAGUACCUGUAUGGACACAGCUAAAUCAAGGUGACGCAAGCCAAGGCAACAGCUCACAACUUCUGAACUCCAUUGAAAGUGUUCUAAAAGCAACAUCCGACACCGACUUCAACAUAAUCAGUCCUUCCAAUUCAUUCCUGUUCAAAAAGGUCACAACAUCAACACAAGAUUUUAGAGAAGAAUUAAAGCUCAACUCUACGGCUACGAUAUACAUCCCGGAUCUAACAGCCACUCAAAAAAAUGUCACAAUCACAGCAGUGGCCUUCGCUUCCCUGGGCAACAUCAUGCCCGCAAGAAAUCGCACCGAUACACUAAACGAGACUGAAAAUGUCAUCAAUGGACUCAUUGUGGUUGUGAACACGAGUGUGACACUUAACAACAUACAGCUAACCUUUGAAAAACUCAGCAAUUCCUCCACUCGUAACAAUCAAACUGUCAUUUUAGGAAACCUCCAAUGUGUUUUCUGGCAAUUUAACCUUUUUAACGGCAGUGGGGGAUGGGACUCGACAGGAUGCUAUCCCAUAGUGGUAAACGGCACUGAUACUUGCCAAUGCAAUCACACCACUUCAUUUUCAAUUCUGAUGUCCCCUUAUGUCCCUGAAGAUCGUGCGUUGACUGUUAUCACCUAUGUUGGUGUCACCAUUUCGAUAGCCAGUUUGGUUGUGUGCCUGAUCAUUGAAAUGAUCACCUGGAAGGGUGUAACCAGAAACGCUACAUCAUAUGUUCGGCAUGUAUCCUUAGUCAACAUUGCCUUUUCUCUACUGAUCGCUGACAUUUGCUUCAUUAUCGGCGCUGCGGUCGUUAAUCCCGGACAGGAUUUUAUGAAGUCUUGUAGCGCGGCGGUGUUUUUCACCCACUUCUUCUACCUGGCCCUCUUCUUCUGGAUGAUGGUCUCUUCUGUUCUGCUCCUCUACCGCACCACCAUGGUCUUCUCUAACAUCCCCAAAACCAUCAUGAUGGUAUCUGCUUUCAGUGUGGGCUACGGUGCACCUCUCCUCAUCGCGGUUAUUACCGUUGCCUCCACCGCUGGGAAUAACAGAUAUGUCACACAGAAUGGAGCAUGCUGGCUGAAUUGGGAUCAAUCCAGAGCUCUUCUGGCUUUUGUCCUUCCGGCUCUGGUCAUCGUUGUUGUCAACAUUAUUGUUGUGGUAAUAGUCGUGGUGAAAAUGGUCAGGAGUGGAGUGGGAGAAAGCAACAGGGACGAAAAGAACGUCUUGAUUGUCAUUCUCAGAUGUGUGGCCAUUUUGACACCUCUCUUCGGGAUCACAUGGGGUCUCGGUUUGGGUAUCAUGAUAGACCCUAAAGCUUUGGCCAUCCACUACUUGUUUGCAAUCUUCAACUCUUUGCAGGGGCUUCUUCAUAUUGGUUCUUGGAACUUUGAUGGAAAAGAAGGCAAGAGCUGA